AAAGAAACUACUCUCCUUGAGGCAUUUCACUUACAAGCUUAGUUAUUCAGUUUCCUAUAGUUCAACAACAAACCAAUGGGGAGCCUUGGUCCUAAACCUAUUGACACAAAGACCAAAACAGAACCUAAAAUGAGCGUGACCAAUGGCCAGAAAAAUAGCACGGUCUUGGAGAUAGAGCCGGAACAGGAACGAGAACAAGAGCCAGCAAGCCCAGCUACACGUUUGUUCCAUACUAAAGCCCUCAGUUGCCACAUUCUUGCCAUUUUAGGUUGCACUACAAAGAUCAACCGCGAUGUCAUCAAAAAGGGGCUCGAGUCCACUCUUCUCAAUCACCCUCGCUUCACCAGUAUACCGGUGGUGGAUGCAAAGAAAGGUGUAAGGAAGUGGAUGAAAACGACGGUAAAUGUGGAAGACCAUAUAGUGUGUCCUGAUUUGGACCCGGACAUGGAAUCACCAGACGAAUUCUUGGAGAACUACACGUCAAAUCUAACAACAAUACCUAUGGACAUGACAAAGCCACUUUGGGAGGUUCACAUUUUAAACGUGAAAACAUCUGAAGCAGAUGCGGUAGGGAUUCUGAAAUUGCACCAUUCAAUUGGUGAUGGCAUGUCCAUUAUCUCUUUAGUUUUGGCAUGCACUAGAAAGGCUUCGGAUCCAGAAGCAUUGCCCACUAUGCCUUCAAGUACCAAGAAAGAAAAAACUAAGGCUGGAUUUUGUAGGCGGUUUUGUUACUAUAUUUGGUUUUUGUUUAUGGUGUUUUGGAAUACGGCUGUGGAUGCUGUUUUGUUUUUGGCGACUAUUUUGUUUCUAAAUGACACUGAGACACCGAUGAAAGGAGGAGCUGGGGUUGAACAUAAUCCUAAGAGACUUGUGCACAGGACUAUCAGCCUUGACGACAUGAAAAUAGUCAAGAAUGCCUUGAACUUGACCAUUAAUGAUGUAGUGAUGGGCAUAACACAAGCUGGUUUGUCGCGCUAUUUGAAUAGAAGAUAUGGUAACACGAAUGGGAAAGGAAGCAGCAAGACAAAUAAUCUGCCCAAGAACAUUCGUCUCAGAGGAUCUAUUGUUUUUAACAUCAGACCUUCUACUGGAAUUAAAGCUCUAGCAGAGAUGAUGGAGAAAAAAUCAAAGGCAAAAUGGGGCAAUAAAAUUGGAUAUGUGCUGACCCAAUUUCCCAUUAGCUUACCCGAAAACCCGUUGGAUUAUAUCCGCCAAGCUAAAACCAUUAUUGACAGAAAGAAGCUCUCUCUUGAAUCCAGAUUCUCUUUUGCUGCUGCUCAGCUAAUACAAGAAAUAUUUGGAUCUAAGGUGGGGGCUCAGCUCACAAAGAGAGUUCUGUCUCACACCACCGUCCUAUUAUCGAACAUGGUGGGCCCUCAAGAAGAGAUCACAUUUUUCGGGCAUAAGUUAGCUUAUGCUGCUCCUACAAUUUAUGGACUCCCUCAUGCACUGACGAUGCAUUUCCAGAGUUAUUACAAUAAAAUGACAAUUUCAAUGUCGGUGGAUCCACAGGUGAUUCCAGAUCCAUACCAGCUCUGUGAUGAUCUACAGGACUCCCUUCAGAUGUUUAAAGAGGCUGUCACUAAACAAGGUCUCGUAGUCACACCAUAGGGCUAUAAUGCUACUAAUAGACUUACUAUUUUGAAGGCAAUGUAGUAUUGUACCACUUUGAAACUUUCGUAUAACUUCCUAUCUUUCAUUUACACGUUAAUAUGUAUUAUUAAUUGGUCGUGUAACUUCACAAAGAUCGAUUCUUGGUGAA